UUUCCUAACAAGACCGACUCCUCAUGUUUAUCAGCAGGUUAUUUAUUAACCCGUGUGCUCUGUACCUGUCCUACAUCCAGCACUUAUGACCCGCUGAGCGGUAGCUCAAUGAUUAACAGAGACCAGAAGCUCGUGAGUUCGAAUCCCAGCCGAGGGAAUAUUGUAGUCAAUAAAAGGAAAGUUCCCGAAAAGGAAUAGUUUGGAGGAAUGUUAAUUUUUUAUUUUUCAUUUUAUCGACUAGCCAAAGCUGACGUCUGUUUCCCUCGGAGCGUAUAUGAGCAUCCAGCUGUUCAGUGAUGUUACGCCGACACAAUGCUGAUGUGGCUCAUGACUCAAUAGGACUUCCUGUGGUGUACAAACGCGAGCAGGACGGUGGAGCGUUACGGGGGCGGCCAUUUUGAACAACCUGAAUCACUCCACCGCCUACGUUCUGUUGAGUUGUGCUGGAGGGCUGGAAGGUUUUUUACAUGAUGAUGAUGAUAGAGUUCCAGUUUGAACGUAAAACUGUAAAUGCAUUCAUUUACCAAGCUGGUUAUUUAAAUCUACUGGUGUUUAGAGAGGCCAGUCAGUGCUGUAAUGUGUUCUAAUGAACUGGAGGCGGUUUCUAGCUGAUGAAUAUGAAUAUCUCUGUGUCGCCCCAUUGGCUUGUUCUCCGCCUGAUUUUGUUCGUCCUGUCUUCUUCCGAACCCAGGGCUUCCUCGUGCAGCUGGUGUGUAACCUGUUGGACGAAGGUAACGCGGCGUUUCGGGAGGGCGACUGGACGCUGGCGCGGGGCCACUUCAGCGAGGGAGUGAGCGUGGCGAGAUACGCUCAGGGCGAAGGAGUGACGGUUCCCGCGGCGCUGCUCGAGAGCCUUUACGUGAACAGAGCUGCGGCGCAGCACAACAUGGGGGAGCUGGAGGCGAGUGUAAGGGACUGUGACAGCGCUCUGAGCGUGUGUGCGGACAGCGGCAGGGCUCUGUACAGGAAGGCCGUGUGUCUGAAGGAGCUCGGGCGACUGAACGAAGCGUACGAGUGCAGCUCCGCCUGCCUGCUCACCUCUCCACAGGAUGAGAGGGUGAAGGAACUGGCUCAGGAUUUGGCCGAGAGACUGGAUCUGAAGACGUGUAAAGCCUACGCGGGUGUACAGCAGGGUGUAAGUGAGACUAACGGAGAAAACAUGCCUCCUUUGGAGCAGGUGAGACUGUUUAUUUUCCUGUCUUUACCUUUAUUAAUUCCUCGACGCUACAGUUUAAUCUCCUGGGGUUUUUCUCUCUUACAGAUCUCUAAUGGUCUGGAUAGCUCGUGUGACAUCACAGCGAGCGCGUCUGUGAGCGAGUCCCCUGUCCUGCCCGCCCCGGUCCCUGUGAGCGACGCAGCCGAGGAGCCGGCCGUGUGUCUGUCGGUGCCCGUGUCUGAGCAGCUGGGGGAGUGCGAGCUGGUGGGGGACGAGCUGGACACACUGCUGGACUGCGUCUCCAAGCAGGAACAGCUCCCGCAUACUCCCUCUAAAGGCAGCGUUGUCCCCACUCAUGUCCCUGUGAUGGGUCUGGGUCCGUCGUUCCCUCCGCUCCUCCCUGCUCCCUCCCCGUGUCUUCCUCCUGCAUUCUUCCCCUCGGCCGUCACGCACCUGAACACGCUGGACUCGUUCUGUGAGACAGCUCGUGACCCGUCUCUCUCAGUCAGACCCCUGGAUUCGCUCGACUCCUUCUCUCAGGCCUUAUCUCAGGGCUCAGUGCCUCAGCGACCCCCUCUAGUGGUAGGAGGAGAGGGGCUCGACUCGCUCUCAGAGUUCACACUGCCUGGUGGGAAAGUCUCUCACAGUUUUCUCCCUCCAGUGAAGAUCAGAGACUCAUCAAACUGUGUGGACGCUGUUUACACGAACGGUCAUGUGGCCUCCACUUUAUCCCAGCUCACCAGGAAUCCUCUUGAACACACUCACGACUUCACUCAAGCCUGUUCAGCCUGUUUUAUACGUACAGGUGCAGGUGUGCUAGACUGUGAGUACAGGUCCGAUUUGUCUCACGGCUGUAAGAAAGACAUCCUGCUGUGCAGGAGAAAAGGUGGACUCAAUCAGCCUUGGAGGCGUGUCCGGCCACGCCCAGCUCGAAGCAACUUCCAGGGUCCUUAUGUGCUCUGUAAAGAGGUUCUAGAGCGGCAGGACUGUAAAUACGGUGAGGCCUGCACUUUUGCGUAUUGUCAGGAGGAGAUUGAUGUGUGGAUGCAGGAGAGGCGGGGCUUACUGGCCCGGGAGCUGCUCUUCAACCCGCUCUCCUCCAAUCAGAGACAAGCACUGAGCGUCAUCAGACUACUGACCAUACACGGCGGCAUGUUCAUGUUCCUCUGUGAGGGCUGUUUUGACGGUAGACCCAGGACCAUCAGUAAGCGCUGUAAGGAGAAUCCCUCCUGGUGCUCCAACAUGGACUCGCGCCAUCAGUUCGACAGAAACAAGUGUCUGGUGCACGUGGUGAAGAAAAGCAGCAGUGUGUGUUACAGUAAGAUCAGGCCCCUCAGCCCACACCGUCAGCUUGAUGUGUGUCGUCAUGAGGUGCGUUACGGCUGCCAGCGCGACAAAAACUGCAGCUUCGCUCAUUCAGUCAUCGAGCUCAAGUGCUGGAUCCUGCAGAAAGACCACGGCACCACUCAUGAGGAGAUUGUGCAAGAAUCUAAGAAGCACUGGCACAAGCAGAGGCCAGUAAACAUUUCUGCAUCCCAAACCAACGGCACUGCAUCCAGGGGGGAGUGGCAGAUCAAAGGGGCGGAGUCAAACGGGAAGGCGGGGCCUGCCCGAGGCUCCGGAGCAGGAAGCUUGUCGCCGGUGAAAGGUCACGAUCUGCGUCUGACGAUGAAGUUCGUGUGUGGUCAGUGCUGGAGCGUCGGGCUGCCGAGCGAACCGGACAAAGCGCUCAAGUACUGCAGCGCUAAAGCGCGACACAGCUGGAUUAAAGAACGGAGGGUGCUUUUGGUGAAGUCCUUGGACAGGGAGAAGUGGGUGGCCGUGCGACCUUUGCCCUUUGCGAAGACGUACCCUCAGCAGUACGACAUCUGUGUCCACGUGCUGAAGGAGAAGAAGUGCCACUACAUCGGGAACUGCUCGUUCGCCCACAGCCUGGAGGAGAAGGAGCUGUGGACCUACAUGAAGAACACCGGCUUGCGGGACCUGCAGCAGGUCUACGACGUGUGGUUGACGACAGCCAAUCAGAACAAGCGACUCGACGGCGCUUCGGCGUCCCAGUUCGGAGAGGAGAAGCAGAUCACCAUGCCGACAGACUUCGCAGAAGCUGCUGACGGUUUCCACUGCAGCCUGUGUGGGAAACACAGUAACAGCGAGCGCCAGUGGCAGCAGCACAUCUCGUCCGAGAGGCACAAAGAGCGCGUGCUCAGCGGAGUGGGCGAGGAGGAGAGUCUCACCUGGAUACACCGCUUCCCCGGACCCUACUUCUCCCUCUGCCCCAGGUUGGAAAGCGGAUGUGCCGAGGGCAUGAGCUGCGACUACGCCCACAGCGAGGAGGAGCUCCAGGAGUGGCGCAAGAGGCGGGACUUCCUGCACAGGAGGCUGGAGAGCGCGCGGGCUGAGAUGCUCAUCGCCCCCAACGACUACGACUUCGGGAAGUACAACUUCCUCCUGCUGGACUGAGAAGACCCACACGCACCCACACACACGCGCACACACACUUCUGCAUUCAUUCGAACCACCACACACUGAAGUGCCAUGCAUGUAUUCUCUUUAGUAGAUUUUCAUUCUUUGAAUUUUAUUAUUAUUUUUAAAUAAACGUAUAUUCACAUUUUCCUUCCAGCGCGCUCACAGACGGCUCGUCGAGUCCCCAGUGCUGUCCCACUAUCGGUGGCAGAUUUGUUUUGAACAGUCGAGUGCCUCUAGUGUCUACAAUCCUUUCCUUUUAAUCAGGACACACCCGCUCGUGUUCUUAAAGCCUCGUUUUAAACCGCACCCCAGCGGUACAGCACAUCACGUCUAUGCACUGCCCGGCUUACACCGCCAGCGCCGCGGUCAGGGACCAGCUCUGUCGUCCGUAACGUUCUGUACGACGUGCACUAACUAGCAGAUAACCCUUAUAAAAAUGCUCUCCUGCUCUUAUUACAAUGCAGAAGGAUUAGCAGGUUAACAGAAACAACCACGAUGAUGAUGAUGAUGAUGAUGAUGAUGAUGAGUCUUAUGAUCAUACUGGUGUAUUUUGUUUUGUUUUGUUUACUGGCUGAUCCUAAAGCUUCAUUGAGCCUAAAUCUUAAUUCUCAUUGUAAAAAAAACAAAAGCAAAAAAAAACACACACUCGCCGGUUAUUUUCUCAUCCUCCAGUGCCACAGAUUUACAUGUAAUCUGAAUUAAACCGUCCCAUCAUGCACCAUCAGAACAGAAGGGGAGGAGCUUAUGGCACAUAACAGUGAAAAACAACAACAACAUCAUGGCUGCCCGAUCAGUUAGGUUUAAAUAAACCAAUAAACUUAAUAAAACCCCAGGCGCCGUUCGGUUACUCGUUUCGGGCGGGAUUAACCUGCUCGCGGGUCUCGGAGCGGAGUUCGGGAUUUUAAGUGGAAAACUUAACGUUCACGUAGUUCUAAAGCUUGAGCUUGGUUUCAUCCGGAACUCGAUAACGGAAAACCGAGUGAAGUGACGUCACCUGGGGCGUGACGUGUUCGGUCGUGAGUAAACAGCUCUAGGGCGGUGAUCGAUAGCCUGGACUUUACUGCACCGAUCCGUGUAGCUAGAUUCAUCAACUUUAAAGUCUGUGGAAUUAGCUUUACACCACUGGAGCGCGUAGAAAUAUCUCGAACACGUUGUUUUAAAUCAAAUGGAACAUUAUUAAAGCCUGUUUCUAGAUAUUAUUCAGUCCGAGCUGUUUUCUGAUUGCUUGCAUUUUGCUGCUUUUUUUUUUCUUCCCCAAAAUUUGCGCUGCGACUUUGUGAAGUUUUUUUGUUGUGCUUUUUCUUUUAACGGAAAACUACUUGAAAUUGCAAUAUUAAAUUUUUACGUUUUUUUCUGAAAUGGUUUGGCGCGGUCUUUCGCAGCGGUGUCUGUUGGUAAACGAGACCGUUUAGCUGUACUCAUGUCCGACGCACGUGAACCGAAGAGGGGCUUCGACGUCACGCGUUUCGUCUCGUCUCGUCCCGGAUCUGCGGUGAUGUGCGCAUAUUGCCGAGUUUGUUUGAUUUUGCGUUUGGGUGGGGGGGGCGACGAUGACUCUGUGCCAAUAAACCCACAUAAAAAAUCUAUAUAACACACGUGUAUAUAUUAUUAGUGUGUUUGAGCGAUGCGUGAUAGGAAACAUGAACGGGAAAAAACCCCACAGAUUUUCUCAGGAAAAGAAAAACAUCUGGUAACAUUUCUGAUCAAUCUGGCGUGUGUGUGGUGUUCGUGCGAAGGGAAUUCCAGGAUGCCAUAUAUUAGACACACAGCAGAGACGAUGACGUGUCCGCGCUGAUAAGAUCAUGAGGAUAAGAGCCGUCUUCUCUAAACCCAAAUAAACAGGAGGUCCUGUCUGCUGUGAUGCGGUGCGCAGAAGGAGACGGAUCCGGUCGUGCGUUUCCGUGCUCGCGUCGCGCCGUCCCUGACCUGUUUAUUCUCAGAGCUGAUUUUCAGCUCCAGCUUGGUUUGAGCAGAAGCAGGUGGUCUCGCUCUUAUCGGAGCAGAGCCAAAUCCAGAAGAACCGCGAAGCGCCUGAGUAAUGCAGCAACACACACACUGUGGCCCGAUUGAGUACGGAGCAGAUUCCUCUCUUACCUGGAGCGUACCCGUAUGUCGCUAGAGCUACCGGGUUAGCAUCGUCAAACACUCGCACGCUUCUCUGUAAAAACGUUGAAUUCUCCAUUCUGAUUGGUCGGAAGAUUCAUCUCCUAGAACAGCAAGUCUUUGAGGAGCGCAGCUGCGCGUUCUCGUACGUUCUCGUUUCUAUAGUAACGGCCCGCUCACACGGUGAACGUUCCACACGUGCCAACCGAUUCAAAUGACGUGGGAUUGUCGCGGCGAAAGGACAAACUGUAACAGUGAGCGGAUAAAACUGCAACGUUCCGUUCUUAAAUCAAUUAAACUGUGUAAUCGUCGACGAACUGCUCUCAGAUAAGAGGAACGGGACACUUCGUAACGUUGUUGGUUAUUUUGCUACAACACCACACCGUGACCACACAGUCUUUCAUUCUUGACUAAAUACAGACGUAUCUGCUGUUUUACGUACGUACUAGCUAUUGCCUCUUGGUACUCUUUAGCUACAGGAGCGUCUACAGAGAAAUCGUGUGGGGGAUAAAAAUCCGUUGGGCUUUUUGGGUUUGAUGCGAUUUGAUUAUUUGCUGAACUGAUAUUAAAGACCGUUCACUCUUACGCUUUUUUUUUUUUCCAGAUAGAUAUCAAGAUUCCCACACGGCCUGGGACUGCGUUUAUUUCUCGAUCUCUUCCACACGGUGACCAGCGCGCGUUGUACGGUACGGUGUUUAAUCGUCGUCGUUUUUGCUCACUCCUUCCUUCGCUUGGGCGUCGGCGUGCCUUCAGUAACGAUCACAGUGCCUUUGAGAUCAGUGUUCUCCUGAUAGACCUCACCCGGUGUUCGGCGUUAACCAAACUGCGUCAACGAAAUCCGUUCGACGAAUUCGCCCUUUCUAAACGUCCACUCCACGAUCCUGUGGAAACGAGUCAUUCUGCCGUUUUCUGCUGACGCGCGACUGUGAUGUUUAAAGUGUUAUCAUGUUUGUCCCAGCGCUUCACAGAUAAGUAAACCGAGGCGCUCGUUGGUUCGAGUCUUGUGUCCAUUGCUUCAUGAAGAGAUUGAACGUUCAGUACACUUCCAGUUUCUCAGCAGUCUGUUCUCUGAGGGGAAACCCGUAAAAGCCGAGGAGGACGACGUCCUCGUCUUUCGAAAAUGUCCGACACGGCGGCUCGUUGGAGAUUAAAGCGGGAAUCGCAGUAUGAUGAGAUUAAAAGAAUUACCUGUUUACCUGAAGCGGUAUUUGACUCGGAAGUGAAACUUCUGUUCAUUCCUUCAUGUUUUAAAGACAGGAACGAUCAGAUAAAUGCGUCUGUUUCCUUUAUAGAAAUAAUUACUCCAAUCGAACAAGAAAGAAUCGGUCUCGCAAGAGAAAACAUCCUAUACAGGCUCGUCGCACCGCUGCCCUGCCAAGUUCUUGGUUCUGUUUGAUCCGAAGGUGCAGCUUCAAAUCGCAGGUCUAUGUUAACGCUCGCAUUCGAGCGCCUUCUCAUUUCUAUAGUAAUGACACGUUCAGAGAGACGUGUACGGUGGACGCUCCACCUAAUCAGAGUUAAUAGUAAGUGACUGAAAUGGUGACGUUUUCUGUGAGGUAACGUUUAUCGGACGGUUUUUUUGGAAGGAGUCUCCAGUGUCAGGUUUUUUUGUAACAGUAUUAAGUAAAGUUUUCCAUCGCGACAAGUUCGAGUUCACGUGUUUUUUCAGUCGAGUUUCUCAGUAAACGGGAACACGUCGGGUCGCGUUUUUGUUUUUGCCUGUUCGUCUGAGGAAUCGACGGAAUUCAGUUUGACAUUGAUACGGUAUUUUGAUUGAAUUCAGAUACACCACGGUGACAAAAGCGUGGUCGUAACUUGAUUACAAACAGGUGGAGUUGAUAAAAUGGCAGUUUAGUGCAGGUUAGAAGAUUUCGUUUAAAAUCAUGUUUUGUCAAAGGGAAACGUUUUCGUUCGUCUUCAUCACAGGAAGUACUCACUGUCCAUUGUCUGAUGAAGAUGAAGCCUUUAUCUGUCACGUAUACAUUUCUUCGUAUAUAUUCCAGCUUGUUAGGAGGUUUGGGACAGAGCAGAGAGGGUCAAGGGCCCAACAGUGGCAGCUUGAACCCCUGACCUUCUGACCAGUAACCCAGAGCCUUAACCGCCACGCCACCACUACCCUGCUCUGAGUGAUUAUAACCAUGUUGUAGUCUUUGGUGUGAAACCUCCACUAUACUGAAACCUCCCACAGCACAGCCUUUGACAUGUCUACAUUUCCUGUCUAUGGCUUGAGGGGUUUUUUUUUUUUCUUUUACAAAUUCUCUUUAUUUUUCUUAACAUUGCCAUUAUUGUGAAACUGUGUAUUUGGGUUUUAUGUAAACCACCGCAAGCAAUGGACCAAAUAAUAUGCCAAUAAAUAUUUUUAUAAAAGAA